AUGGCCUCCCAGCUGGCCUUUCAGCAGGGAGGCUCCGACCAUGGCUCGUCGGUGGAGGUGCUGUCGAUGCUGCCCCAGGCGCUGAACCAGGAGGGCAUGGCCCUGUACCUCACGAGACGCAACAGCGAGGCGGCGGCGCGCCUCUGGCACGAGAUGCUGCGCCUGCUGCUUGCCAGCAGCUCCGCUCCCAGCCGCCCCCAGCUGUACUUCUUGAGCGACCUCACCACCGCGGCGGUGAUGCAGCAGUGGCCCGAGGACAGGGUCAACUGGCACCGCAACACCGCGCUCCUGCGGCUGGCCAAGGUUGUGCCGUGGGGCAAGUGGCGGGCGCUGCGCGAGGCGCUGGUGGCGCUGGACAAGCAGAAGGCGGCCUUCCUGGAGAGCCACGGCCCCUUCCUGUACCUGGCAGCGCUGGGCACGGCGCCGGCCUUCCGCGGCUGCGGCCUGGGCUCCAUGCUGCUGGACCGGCUGUGCCGCAUCGCCGACCAGCAGCAGCGCUUCAUGUACGCCGAGGCCGCCUGCGACAGCGCGCGCGCCUUCCUCAAGUGCUCGGGCUUCUUCGAGCUGCUGCGGCACAGCGUGCGCCCGCAUGCCCCCAACAUCUACAUCAUGGUGCGGAGCCCGGAGAGACCGGAGCGCAGCAGCGGCAGCGGCGGCAAGGCGAGGGAGCAGGCGGCGGGGGAGCAGGCGGCGGCGCAGCCGCGGCUGCGGCCCUCGGCCUCGGUGCGCUCCAGAUAG